AUGCUAAAUACAGUCGAUAGACGUUUUUGUCGAAUUUCAAUUUUACUCAAAAUGCCGGCCUACGACAAUGAGGGCGCCACGAUAUCCAUGGAAGAUGUGCGGGAUCCGACCGUCACAAUCAGCACUAUAGAAGAAGAGAUAACUGCUAGAAGAACCCGUAUGCUAAAGCCACAGAAGUCCACAGUAGCUUCUAGAAGACAACAAGCAGUUUGUGUGCGAAGAGCUCAUAAGAAAUAUGGACCUAAAAAGAAUCCGAAUGUAAUUUUAGAUGGACUGAACAUGACUGUACCUAAAGGUGCCAUAUACGGUCUGCUAGGCGCAUCUGGUUGUGGUAAAACUACAUUACUCUCGUGCAUAGUUGGUCGCCGUAGACUUAAUUCUGGGGAGAUUUGGGUGCUUGGAGGUAGACCUGGUGGACCUGGUAGCGGUGUUCCUGGACCUAGAAUUGGAUACAUGCCACAGGAAGUAGCACUAUUUGGAGAGUUUUCUAUACGAGAAACAAUGAUAUACUUCGGUUGGAUCGCCGGUAUGACUACUAAGGAAGUGGACGAGAAAGUCGACUUUUUAGUAUCCCUGCUACAGCUACCCAACCCUACUCGACAAGUCAAAGUCCUAUCUGGGGGUCAACAACGUCGUGUGUCGUUGGCAGCUGCGUUAAUUCAUGAGCCGGAGUUACUCAUCCUGGAUGAACCUACUGUGGGAGUGGACCCUGUGUUGAGACAAAGUAUAUGGGAUCAUUUGGUGGAAAUCACUAAGGGUGGAAGGACAACGGUUAUAAUCACAACGCAUUACAUCGAUGAGACGAAACAAGCCAAUAUUAUCGGACUAAUGCGUGGAGGAAGAUUUCUAGCAGAAGAGUCACCAACCGAACUGAUGAGCAGAUACAAUGCCGAAAGUCUAGAAGACGUAUUCUUGAAGCUAUCAGUACUUCAAAACAUGGGCAAAAGGCGUCGGUCCAGUAUUUUGGCUGAUGUUGUAGAACGAGUUGAGAUACCCUCUAUUCCAGAUCCAACAGCAGUAGAGGAUGAAAUCGGGGAGAUUUCAGGAGAGUUCGGAGACAAUGUCUCUAUGAGUAGCAAAGGCAGAGGCAUUGUUGUUGAAUCCAAUUUGGUGGAAGCCUUGCCCCCAGAAGAUAAAUCGCCUAGUGGUCUGUUGCAAAGGAUAAAACCUAUGCAACUUCAUCACAUGCAAGCUUUAGUUUGGAAGAACUUCUGGAGCUUAUUCAGGAAUUUUGGCUUGCUAACAUUCAUCGUCGGGUUACCGCUAUCUCAAAUGAUACUCUUCUGCCUUGCCAUCGGACAUUAUCCAAGCAUUUUACCUAUAGCUGUAGUCAACCAUGAAGCUAUGAAUGACACGAACGUCCUCUGCCAUUACAACAAAAGCUGCCCUCAAGACCGUAAAACUUGGGAAUGGAAUUUAACAAGAUUCAGCUGUAGAUAUUUGGACGUUUUGUCGAAACGACAGCAUAAUUUGAUAUUAUAUCCAACCAAAGAAAUAGCGUUAGCAGAAGCAGAGAAAGGCUUAGCACGCACCGUCCUGGUGUUCCCUGCGAAUUUCUCUGAGUCUCUGCAGGAGAGAAUGAGAGAUCCUCGACACACAGACCCCUACACUAUCAUGAACUCUCAAAUCGAAGUACAUAUGGAUGAUACUGAUAAACAAAUGGAAUGGAUGUUGAAUAGAGACAUUCAGGAAUCUUUCAUGGAAACAACAGAGAUCCUCAGUGAGUCGUGCGGUUUGCCCAAGAGAAUGCUCGCAAUACCUGUUAAUUUCAACGAACCUAUUUUCGGUCUGAAGAUCCCCAAUUUCACAGAUUUUGCGGGCCCCGGUGUUAUUUUAACGAUCAUCUUUUUCUUGGCUGUCGCUUUAACAUCAGGUGCUAUGUUGGCUGAAAGGAACGAAGGAAUUCUUGAACGAUCUCUUGUCUCUGGAAUCACAGGUACUGAGAUACUAUUUUCCCAUGUUCUAGUACAAAUGAUAGUUAUGAUAGCCCAAACUAUCACAGUAUUGAUUAUUGGAUUUGUGGUCUUCAGUCUGACCAUCACCGGACCUGUACUCUGGGUGACCAUCUUGACCCUUAUCAAUGGAUUAUGUGGAAUGACUUUUGGCUUUGUUGUAUCCUGUAUAUGUGAUACAGAGAGGACUGCGACAUACUUAGCCCUCGGUUCAUUCCUGCCCAUGAUGCUACUGUGUGGGAUCAUAUGGCCUGUUGAAGGUAUGCACACGAUCCUUCAAUGGAUCAGUUACGUACUUCCUCUCACAAAAUCGACAGAAUCUCUCCGGUCCAUGCUUCAAAGAGGCUGGUCCAUUAGUAUGCCAACAGUGUACUCUGGCUUUAUAUCUACUUCCCUCUGGAUCGUAGUAUACCUUACUGUCAGUAUUUUGUUGAUUAAGUUUAAGAAAGGA